GAAUGGAAUGUGGUGUCAAGAAUUGUUUGCGGAAUAUUGGUUGGGGGUCAGGAAGACGAUUGGUAUGGUAAUUAAAAUUGCGCUAUUUGGGCAACGCCUAUUGAUUCCUUCGUACGUGGUCCUCGCCGCCGUCUUGGCAAUGGAGGAAGUGGAGAAAUUGGUAGCCGGAAAUGGAGUUUGGUAAUUUCUAACUUUCCAUGUUGGACGGAUCCGAUCGGCGCUGUUUCGUGGGGGUCUCGCUCGUCCGUUCCAUAUACACCCAUAACGUUGGGGUCGCAACGCGAUCAGAAUUCAGAAUAUCCUUUUUAUAUAUUUUAUCCGUCUUCGGUUUGCGGACUCGGUCAGUGGAGUAGAGAGUGAGUCCAUGGGCAGCGGUCUUCAACUUUACUAUACCACAAAAGACUGUUACUACUACAACAACUACCACCGCUUCAUCGCACUCACUCGCACUUGCACGCGAAUUCACGCAGCAACCAGACGAAGAGAUCAAGAGGCCACCUCGUCAGGCAAAAACGUUCUUAUCCACAACUUCUUCAACAUCAUCAUCGUUCUUGUAAUCGUCGUCUAGGAGACGGGAAUAAACAAUAGUUGGAUCAAGUUACAGUCCAAGGAGGAUAAUUGAAAGUGCGCGAUGUUCAUACACCGAUAGAUUUCCGAUGACGAAGUUCGUUACUUCCUCAGUGCAGUGACAUUAUCAUUAUCUGUGCACCCUCAUCGACUCUAGAAAAAACAGUGACUGCUCUCAACUCAUCACGGUCUAACUACUAAUUAACGACGAAGCCUUCUCCAGUAGAAAAAGAGAACAAAUAAAGAUGAUAAACAGGACGAGUUUGGGGAGAGCCUUCGCUUCGACGAGGCAUCUACUCGUGAUGCUGCUCUUCCUUCUGGUAAGGACGCAGGGAACGGAUGAACCGCAUUCCAGACAGAAGCGACUUCUGUGGAUUACAUCGGAUGGAAGACUUGCCCUUCCUCCUGGUACAACCCUCGUGAUAGCUCCGUCUCUAUCGUUGCCAUUCGUUAGGUAUCCUCCGGACGGGUUCUUCUCGAACAUGACCAUAAGCCUUCCCUUCACGAUUGAUUUCAAUAAGCUCGGUCUGACCGAUAACGAAAAUCCGUACGGUGUGCUUCCUCCGCUUCUUGCGCGAUCCAUGGGACGAACUGCUGGAGAUAUCCUCACCAAUUACAUCAUGAAGAUGAUGGAUCACAGUAGGAGGAGGAAACGAUCGUUGGAGGAGCCGGCGCCUCAACCACCUGAAGAGCACAAGAACGCAUUCCACGGAGGAGAGAGGGCUUUGCUUUAUUUGGCGGCGGAGGAUUUCCUGGAGAAUUUCGGGAUGAACGGAAAGGCCUGUUUGCUGAGGGCCAUCUGUGAGGUUCAUGCGCAUCCUCUGCACAAUUUCGGGUUGAUUGGUGAAAUGGUCAGACUUUUCCUGUCAGCCAGUAAAUCUCCAUACUCGGAGGUUCUUCAGGAGUACGUGGAGGCUGAAAACGCAGGAAGCGGCAAAUCCGGACCAGCUGAAUGUUGGCCAUACCUGAAAGACUGUCCCAAGUCUCUUUUCCUUCCAAGCCAUAAUAAGUAUAGUGAAAAUGCGGACGAAACGGGCAACGAGAUUUCGGACGACAAAAUGCAACGAGUUACCUACGAUCCACUAACCAGGAACAUGUAAUAGAACGAAGGAGGCGGCGGCGAAAACGAGACAGGAUGAGGUCCUCUUCCUACUGAAUGUGUACAUAUUUUGUAACAAAGACGGGUGCCAGUGCUAAGUCAUUAAAAAGGGAUUCAAUCGAUGGCUCGGAAUGUGUUUAUAGAAUCGGAAUUAUAUUUUACUCAAUAUAUUUCCAAAUUUGU